AUGCCUCCGUCCACUGUCUUCUCCUACUGGCGACGCGACCACCGCCGCUCAACCGCACCGCCCGCAUCCUUGCCCGCACCGUCUCCGGCCUCGAAAGGAGCGACAGACAGCCCCCUCGGCAACCCCCCUCAGCUUCCUGAGAUCCCAGACACUCCUACCCUUACGACACCAUUCGACGGCGACCAGUCAUACGAUGCCCCGCCUCGGACCGGUUCUCCGCUGGACAUCGAUACCUCGAAGCUGAAUUUCAACACAUCCGUCGCGCCGCUGUCCUCCUCCGUGAGCCUGGCAGUUCCGUUCCCCUCAUUCGAGAAAGAGAAUCGCCCGCACUCGAGCCCUGAAGAGUGUCUGCUGCCGGAGCCGGGCUUUACGUCGAAACCCAACAGCUCACAACUACUGGACGGCGGGCUGCGACCAGACCAAGGAGAUGGCGAGUCGGGCUCUAAACCAAGCUCACCUUUUCGCCUCUCAUUCGGAAAAGGACUACGGAAUCUGCAGACGCCAGCCGCCGAGGGACAGAGGCGUUCACCCACCACGGAGCCGGCCAGCCACUUCGGAUUGAAAACGCCGCCUGACGAGUCACCCUCGGAGAAAUCGAUCAUGUCUCAGAAGGAAUUCAGAGCUGAGGGUGCGCUUACUCGGCGGGCAGGAGACCGUGAAUUCUCGGGGGAGCAUGCCCACCACAAAUCGGGAAAAGCAAUGCUUCAUCUUUUGAACCCGAUGUCCCUUCUUGCUCGCCGACGGUCAUCUCAGAUGGGCACCUCACGCGUGGACAAUCCUAAAAUCGGUGCGCCGAGCUCGAUUCCUGCUAUUCCCGAUGACUAUGACCCUCGAAUCCGCGGAAAGAUUGUGCACGACUUCUCUGCCCCCAGACCGCGCCGCAAUGUAUCCGGCACUGCGGCACCUCCCCCGCUUGAUGGCAACAGCAAUAUCCAGGAUGCAUCGCCAUCACAAGCUGGCCUAAGCCCAGCCAGCCGCUGGAAUGAUCAGACGAGAAGGCACAGUGAUCACUCACCUGUUUUCAAAGAGCAUUUCGAGGAUGAUCGGAAUGUCCUUCAACCCGAGAAUAAGGGUUAUCUUCAAUCGUCAUUACUGACGAACCCCGAAAAUUAUAGAUACGAAAAAUCUAUUCCUGUCUUUGCGAGAAAGCUGCCCUCUCACUUGCCCGAGCAGCAGAGCCCUGAGUCCAUCAAGCAAAAUGGUUCUCCUCCAGCAGAGCUCCCUGCAGAGGAAGCAAAAAUGUCUCCUCCUACAGAACAGCAAAAUCAACCAGACCAAGAUAUUAUUCCGAACGUGCCACAUCUACCCUCGAGCUUAUCGAGGCACCUCAAGAGCAAUGCAUCGCGAUUCAGCUUCGAUAUGGGUGGCGUGGAGUCAUCCGUCGAGGAGAAGCUCCUCGAGGAGAAGCACAAGGCGAAAGAGGCUGCACGCAAGAUGGAAGAUGGAUACUUUGAUGAUUUUGACGAUGAAUUUGAUCACGACAUCCUGGACGAUGUGGACGGCUUGGAAGAGAAGAUUCCCGGUGUUAAUGCUGAUGCCGACGACGACGAUUUCUCAGUACCUUAUCUUAACGUCAAGUCCUGGGCUGCCCCAAAGUUAUCGCCAGUGGUUGCGAGCCCGAUGACCCCUGCACCUCCUGAGAUUCCAGCAGAUGUGACUGGCACGAGCUAUCUUGACCCUGAAGCUGAUUCUCCAACCUCGUCUUAUUCAUUUUCCGAGACGGCAACCCAACCAGAGUUCACUGAAAUCGAAGAGUCACACGAAGCACAACAGGCUUCUUCUAUUACUAGCACCGAAUGUUUAGGAGCUGCACCACCAGUUCCGGACGCCAACAAGCAACAAGAACAAACCAUCGAUGAUGAGGAUGAUCUGUAUUUUGAUGACGGCGAAUUCGGCGAUCUUAGCCUUGAUGACCGGGAUGGAGGAUUCGACGAGUCCGUCUUUGACGACGAGACAAGCCAUCUUUAUGAACGGAGGCCAGUUGCGCAACAAACAGCGGGUUACCCUCCCCAAACAGAAGAGCCUCAUGACGAUUCUCCACAUCAAGAAAUCGAUCUGGAAGAGAACACUACUCAAGGUCUCAAGCACAUGCCCAGCGUGGCUAGCAAUUACAUAACGACUUCUGUCAAAUGCGGUCCGCUCGGCGAGCCGAUACCAAACCUGGGUCCAGCCAGGACUCACGGUGGAGUUCUCACAGAGCAAAACCUGGAGGUUCUGCACAAUGCUUUGGCCUUUGCAGCUAAUGAAGCAGCCAGCAAGAGCCGCGUCGAACGAAACAUCAGUAUAAGUGAUCGGUCUCUAGGGCCCGAGAGCAUCUCCCAAACGUCGCAGACGGUGGAUUCCCAACCGGGUUUAAUAUCGGAUGACAGCCGCCUUAGCCAAGGGCCCGAUUUCAUGGCCUUUGAAGAAACCUACGAUGAUCAGAUCUUUGAUGAUGAUGCGUACUGGGAUGACGCGAUUGUCGCCGCCGCCAACGCCGAAGCCCUGGAAAACGACGACGAGGGCUUCUACGGCCAAGAAUUCGGCUUCUACGCGGAGGCACACAGCAACUCCGGUUCCGAGCUUACGAACGGAGGCUACUUCGGCCCUCGAGGCGUCGAAAGUAUAACUCGCAGCCACAGCAGUCGCGGCAAGUUCCAAGAACCCAGCCUCACCCCAAUCACCGAACGGAGUGAAUGGAGCACGCGCAACUCGGUCAUUUCACUGAAGGCUCACGGCGCUACCCAUUCCAACCCCUCCCUGGCAAGUCCCGGCUUGGCCCAGCUGGUGGAUAUGGGCAACCUGGAUGACGAAUUGUCCCUGAGUGCGCUCAUGAAGCUCCGGCGCGGUGCGUGGGGCGGCAGCAACGGCAGCUUGCGGAGUAGCGCCGGCAGUCCGCCUCCUCAUACGCUUUCGUCAUCUAAUCGCGCUAGCUUUACUGGGCUCUCGGAAGCCAGCCCUUCGGAUGCGCGGUCUUCUCCCGACGAAGGAUUGGCAGGCAUGGGCUAUCACCAGGACGACCACCCCUAUACGGCCUCACCGCUCAAAGAUCUUGCCGAUCUCCCGAUCCGCGGAACGGGCCCGAGCAGCGCUGAAAGCGAUGUUGAAAUGCUGGGUUCUACAUCCCAGCAUCUCAGUGUUUUGUAG